AUGAACGUUCCUCAGGAGAUCUGUUUGUCUAAUCUCGUUGAUCAGAUCACAUUCUAUGUAGAUGAUGAUGGACCAGUGCCAGACAGCCUUUCAGCACCACAUACGUGGCUACAAGAACAGCAUAAGAAUGAUCAGGCGCUUCGAAGCCUGAGACUCACGAGCAAACCCUUUUAUCGAGCUGUAACCCCACAUUUUCGACGGAGAAUCAAUGUCACAUCCUUCUCCAGUCUGACACAUUUGCGCAAGACUGCCGAGAAUGCCUGCACUGCAAGUCAUGUAGACGUAAUUGCCAUCCAUGUGGAGGAUGAGUGGAUGAGCGGCCAAACAGCCGCAUUCAAUACCUACCUGAGUAGUCUUGAAUCUGGUCUUCCUGUUUUGAUUCCGCAAUUUCGCAACCUUCGCGCUUUUGCACUCUCAUACAGAAGAACGAUAGAAGAUACAGAGCUUGAAUUGAAGGUAGGACACGCAAUCGCGAGCAUUGUCCACAGUACGCUCCUAGCCUUGAAUUCUACUAGAUUCGACGAGUUUAUUCUAGACUUACCGACGAGAGUGGGUUCUGAGUCCAACAUUGAGGACUUCUUAUCAAGACCUACUCAACUUUCAGGCAAUUUUCGAUUCUCUGUAACAGACAACAUAAGAAGGAUCCAGCACUUGCGAGUCCAAGCGCAAGACCAUGGCUUUGGGAAUCGACAACAGAAUUUUCCCAAUCCUGCGUUCCCAGCAAAUGCAGGAUUAGGGCUCUUUCACCUUCUCCAGAGGAGUUCGAAUCUAGUAUCAUUGAGCAUCUGCUGCGACACAGUGCUCAACCUAAGCACACUUAACACAGCCCAUCUACGGACCUUACAGGUGCUGGAUUUGACUCGCGUCAUGACACCCUCAACCAGCCUACUAGACCUGACAAAGACUCAAAACCUCCAGACCAUUCGUUCCCUCAGUCUUAGGGAGGUACAGCUACAGCAUUUAGUCCAAAGGCGCGGAUCAUGCAAGAAUGAUGAUAUCAAAGAAUUGUAUCGGCUAUUGCACCACGUCGAGAAAGUGCGGGGGGGAACAGUGGACAUGGAGCAGCGAGAGCAGCGCGAAUUGCAACCUUUUCCCACGAGUCUGACCUCCCCAUCCAACACAAUACCUGGCAACUGGUUCGCGCAACAAAGCGAACAGAUGCUGUAG